AUGCCCUCGCCUCGCGAUAGGUGGCUCCGCGCGAAGCUCACCGACCCCCGGGCGAAGCAGGUGUUGGAGAAGAUGACCACCGACCUGAAGCCUGACGACCCAAGGGUAGAGAAGCUAAUGGGGGCCAUGCUCCUGAAGGAGUUCCUGGCGCAGCGCGUAGCCCCGCUCCAGGCGUGCUCGCGCCCCCUGUGGAAGCUUGGGGACGAGGGGGACGACCUCCGACUGCGCCCGGAUUCCUUGUCCGAAGAGGAUCUAGGCGUGGCCAUCCAUCUCCUGGUCGGGGACGAUCUGGGGUACCCGCCAGACUCCCAUCUUCCUCUGUACCGCCGCCCAGAUGGGGCGAAGGUGGCCGCCGCCAUGCCUGUCUUCGACGGGCGCGGGCUCAUGCCGCCAGCGCCUUCCGAGGCCACAGGGCCGACCCUGGCAGCGAAGAAGAAGACAGAGGGAGCGGCCGCACCCUCGGGGACCCAGCAGCCUGGCACGGCCGCACCUCCUCUAGCACAAAAGGGCGGCACCAGCCCUCGCACCUCUCUAGCCCGGUCAUCCUCACGAGGCCUGGAGGACCGCCCCCAGGAGAAGUUGACCUCCGCAGCCAAGUUGGCUCCGAAGGCGCCUGUUCUCAGCUCGCCGGCCGAGGUCCCACAGGCUCCGGAGCCCCCAGCUUCUUCUUCUGCUGCCAUCAGCUUGCAGAUCUUGGAGACGACGCUGCCUCCUCCUUCAGCCACACCGCCAGCUCGUGAUCCUUCCGCUUCCCCCGACAGUCUAGAGAAGGCUCUUUCUGCGCUGACCUGGCUCCGGGAUGACCUUCAAGGCACAGACUGUCGCCUGGUGGCGGGGCGCCUGGAGCUGAUCUCAGGUUGGCUGCACUCCGACGCGUCUGUCAGGGCGGCGUUGGGCCAGGCCGUGGCAGCUUCCGAGGAGGACAAGCGGACCGCCGACCAAGCCGCGGCCGCCCGUGAGGUGGCACUAAAGGACGCCGAGGCCGCCAAGGAGCGCUGCAGGGCUGCGGAGGUCGAGCUGGAGAACCUGCGCAAGGAAUGGGCUGCCGUGGCCCGCCAGUUUGAGGUGCGGGAGGAGAAGAAGCUGGAGAAGGAGGUGGAAGCGGAGAGGAUCCAGCUGGAGAUCAAGGCGAAGGUUCUUGCCGAGGAUCGUGAGGCCUUUAAGUCUCUUGAGGAGAGGUCCCGCGAGGCGCUAGGGGGACUCUACGAGAAGGUCUUGCAGAAGCCUUUGGUGACUGACAACGACGGCCCCGCCCAACUACUUCCUCAACUCAUCAAGGCGCUCGAGGACGUCGUCGACGGAAUCGGCCCCAUGGUGGAGGGGGAAGCACACGCGCUUUCCUCGUCGGCGCUGACGCGCGUCCUCAGCCACCUUCACCUUCGCGACCCCAACGCCGACCUUGGUGUCCUGCUUGAGCCUGUGGAUGAGGAGCGCUGCACUGCUGCUGCCAAGGCCGUGAAGGGCCAAGUGGAGGCCUUGCUGAAGAAGUUACUUACCAUCGACCCUGCACCUCCAGCCGAUGGCGCCGCCGAUCGCGCGACCAAGUCCAACGACGGCGACACUGCCGAUGAGCGAAAGCUUCCUGAUGACGGCGCUCGAGGCUGA